GCUGGCCGGGAUCCUGGUGGCGAUUGGCUGAGUGGGCUGUUACUCAGCCGUUUCCGGAGCAGCGGCGGUAGCGGUGGCUGAGGAGUGGGAUUCGACGUUAAAUUGAGAAGGGACCCCGGGAGUCCGAACCCCGACUAAGAGACGUAACUCCUCCUUCACCCGGGCGCCGCCGCCUCCAGUUCAGGGGCUCAGAUUGCGAUUGAGCUGAGGCAGCUUCGGAGCCACUCGGCCGUCCGCAAGGCCUGAAGAGACUAUCCGCUUGGCCUGCGACUUGGGCCACUCCAGCAGCGGGGCCGCGGGGCCUGUCACGGGCCGCAGCUCCCGGACCAGCUGACUUCCCUAGAGUCCAGCAAGAUGGCACAAUGGAAUCAGCUGCAGCAGCUUGACACACGGUAUUUGGAGCAGCUUCACCAGUUGUACAGUGACAGCUUUCCCAUGGAGCUUCGGCAAUUCCUGGCUCCCUGGAUAGAGAGCCAGGACUGGGCAUAUGCUGCCAGUAAAGAAUCACACGCCACCUUGGUCUUCCACAACCUCUUGGGUGAGAUUGAUCAGCAGUACAGUCGCUUCCUUCAGGAAUCAAAUGUGCUUUAUCAACACAACCUGCGAAGAAUCAAGCAAUUCCUACAGAGCAGAUAUCUUGAAAAGCCAAUGGAGAUUGCCAGGAUUGUGGCUCGGUGCCUGUGGGAGGAGUCUCGACUCCUUCAGACAGCAGCCACAGCUGCCCAGCAAGGAGGGCAAGCCAACCACCCCACAGCUGCUGUGGUGACAGAAAAACAACAGAUGCUAGAACAACACUUGCAGGAUGUGCGGAAACGAGUACAGGAUCUGGAACAGAAGAUGAAAGUGGUGGAGAAUCUCCAGGAUGACUUUGAUUUCAACUACAAGACCCUGAAAAGUCAAGGAGACAUGCAAGAUCUAAAUGGAAACAACCAAUCAGUGACUAGGCAAAAGAUGCAGCAGCUGGAACAGAUGCUGACUGCCCUUGACCAGAUGCGAAGGGGAAUUGUGAGUGAAUUAGCAGGCCUUCUUUCAGCCAUGGAGUAUGUGCAGAAGACUCUUACAGAUGAAGAACUGGCUGACUGGAAGAGGAGACAACAAAUUGCUUGUAUUGGAGGCCCUCCCAACAUCUGCCUGGAUCGCCUAGAAAACUGGAUAACUUCCUUAGCUGAAUCUCAGCUCCAGACCCGUCAGCAGAUAAAGAAACUGGAAGAAUUACAGCAGAAAGUCUCCUACAAAGGUGACCCUAUCGUCCAACACCGACCUAUGCUGGAAGAGAGAAUUGUGGAGCUUUUUAGAAAUUUAAUGAAAAGUGCCUUUGUUGUAGAGCGGCAGCCCUGCAUGCCUAUGCACCCUGAUCGGCCCUUGGUCAUCAAGACAGGUGUUCAAUUCACUACCAAAGUCAGGUUAUUGGUCAAAUUUCCUGAAUUAAACUAUCAACUUAAAAUUAAAGUGUGCAUUGACAAAGACUCUGGUGAUGUUGCGGCAUUAAGAGGGUCCCGAAAAUUCAACAUUCUGGGAACAAAUACGAAAGUUAUGAACAUGGAGGAGUCCAACAACGGAAGUCUCUCUGCAGAGUUCAAACACUUGACCCUGAGGGAGCAGAGAUGCGGCAAUGGUGGUCGGGCCAACUGUGAUGCCUCUCUGAUAGUGACUGAAGAACUUCAUCUCAUCACCUUUGAGACAGAAGUUUACCAUCAAGGCCUAAAGAUUGACUUGGAGACACACUCUUUACCAGUGGUGGUGAUCUCUAAUAUUUGUCAGAUGCCAAAUGCUUGGGCUUCAAUCCUUUGGUAUAAUCUGUUGACCAAUAACCCCAAGAAUGUUAACUUCUUCACCAAGCCUCCUAUUGGGACAUGGGAUCAAGUUGCUGAGGUGCUAAGCUGGCAGUUUUCCUCCACCACGAAGAGGGGCUUGAGCAUUGAGCAGUUGACCACACUAGCAGAGAAGCUUUUAGGACCUGGUGUGAAUUAUUCAGGAUGCCAGAUCACAUGGGCCAAAUUUUGCAAAGAAAACAUGGCUGGCAAAGGUUUCUCCUUCUGGGUUUGGUUGGACAACAUUAUUGACCUUGUGAAGAAGUACAUUUUGGCACUGUGGAAUGAAGGGUACAUAAUGGGAUUCAUUAGCAAGGAACGAGAACGAGCCAUCCUGAGCACGAAACCUCCUGGGACCUUUCUGCUGAGGUUCAGCGAGAGCAGCAAAGAGGGAGGGAUCACCUUCACCUGGGUGGAGAAGGAUAUCAGUGGCAAGACGCAGAUCCAGUCCGUGGAACCAUAUACAAAGCAGCAGCUAAACAAUAUGUCCUUUGCUGAAAUCAUCAUGGGCUAUAAAAUCAUGGAUGCCACCAACAUCCUGGUGUCUCCUCUGGUCUAUCUCUACCCUGACAUUCCUAAGGAGGAGGCAUUUGGAAAGUAUUGCCGGCCAGAGAGUCAGGAGCAUCCGGAAGCUGACCCAGGUAGUGCUGCUCCAUACCUGAAGACCAAGUUUAUCUGUGUGACCCCAACGACCUGCAGCAAUACCAUUGACCUGCCGAUGUCCCCCCGCACUUUAGAUUCAUUGAUGCAGUUUGGAAAUAAUGGUGAAGGAGCUGAGCCCUCAACAGGAGGGGGACAGUUUGAGACCCUCACGUUUGACAUGGAAUUGACUUCUGAAUGUGCUUCAUCUCCCAUGUGAUGGGCUAAGUAUGGAAGCUACAGAAUGAUGUAACUGAGACACCUAAACCCCACCCCACCCCUUCCACAAAAACUCCCAAACCCAACAACCAAAUCCCAGAUCAACUGAAACUUGUAUCUUUGUGACUCCAGAUCAUUUUCUUGGAUCUCCUGCUUCUCAUUUAUCCUUAAGUGAUUAGGGUACCUUUCUCCUAGAGAAAUGAAUGCUUCUAGGUUAUAUGCUAUUGACGAAAUGGAAGUCAAAAUGGUUCAUCCUUUGAAACUAUGGUUGUUUAGGUUGUUUAGGAGUAUGAGGGUGAGGGAGGCAGGAGGAAGAAGAAAGAAAUGUUCUUUGGUUCUUCCCCACAGCAUUCUUCCUCAGUAAUUAUUUGGGGAUUUGUGUGUGUGUUCUGGAUUUUUCUGUUUGGUUUUUUGUUUUGCUAGACAAGUGCCUACUGGUGCCAGCUGCAUCCAGUGCCUGUUCUGUAAAUUAAUGUUCCAGGCUGCAUCUGACUGAAUGCUGCCAGCACCUGCUGCACCUAUUAUCUUGCUAACAUCCAAAUAGAAGUGAGGAUUUUUUAAUCCUCUUGAGUUUCUUUUUAAACUUGGAAAAGUUAAAAUCAAAAAAGAAAAGAAACCUCAUUCUCUCCUAUAUCAGAGCUUUUAAAAAAUGUAUUUAAGAUUCCUCAGAGACUUCUUCCAGGUAAUCAGCAAUCCCAGAUGGCAAUUUUUCCUUAGACUCCUGGAGUGACUUUAUCAAAUUUAUUCAUUCAUUCAUUCAUUCAUUCAUCCAACAAACUUGCUCAAGGUGUUGGGACACAAAGAUAAAAUCUGACAUGAUCCCUGCCUUCAAGGAGCUUAUUAUUGAUUACCUCAAAUGGUAGCUGAAGCUCUGAAACUAUCCGUUGGCCUUUAAAACAGACAUGCUUAGGAAGAGCCUAAAAUGAUAUAUCUAUAAAUAAGUAUUGAGAUUUUCUUUGGUAAACCUUUUUAUUCCCUUUGCUAGCCUCUUAACCCCAAAGCCUUUGUUUCUAGUUCUGAGCUUGGUUGUUAGGGUGCCUUAUUUGGGUCGGAGGGAGUUUUCCCUCCAUGGGCCCAUAUGACCCUUCUCAUCUCUUCUGGUUUCUCAGUGUCCAAGUCCCAUUGCUUUAGGGAUCCUACUUCUGAGACAGACCCAUAAUAGCACUGUGGUGUUGGGCCUUGAGCCUCACAAAGUGCCCUCCUGGUUUCAGAGGACUCGGCUCUCCUAGGUCCUCAAAGUUUCCAGUACUUAUUUCAUCUUUAACAUAAGUCCCAGUGCAAAAGAAUUCUAAGAUGCUUUUCUGCCAAGAACUUAUGCUUAGGCUGGGCCUGUCCCUUGGUUUUCUCUAAGCCCCGAGGGGAGGUCCCACUUUGGGACCUGGGAGAGAGCAAGAUGAUACUUCCCCCCAUCCCUGUCCUUGACUGGCCUUAAAUUGUCCUCAGGCCUCUUCUGGUGCUUCCCUUUUUGCCUUCCUAGUAUUAGCCAGCCAAAUGAUAGAGCACCUUUGUAGUAUUGUCCCAUGGGCUUUCCUAAAGAGGAUUUAAGUCCAUUCUUCUCCAGAGGCAGCACUUGGGAUGGGAGGACCUGGAAGAGUCCUGUUCUCACUUGUUCGCUGCUCUCCAUCAAUCCCCACAGCAGUCUUUGAGCUGAAUGGGGAGACUGAUCUCCCCAAGGGCACUCUAGAUGUCUCCUUGGGGUGGUUUCAUCUUUGGGAUAGGAUGGAGUUGGCACUCAGGCAGGCCCUUUGGGGCAUCUCGGCUGGGCAGGUUGGAAAACUGAGAGCUGCACUCCAGAGAACUCACUGUUGCUGUUUUGCCAGAUGGGGCUAGAGCAGAGGUGGCUGACAUGGUGCCCUGGGGAGGGGGCAUUUAGAAUUGGUGAUUUUAGGUGGCAUGUGUUUUUCUGUUUCUAAUUUUUGUGAUGACAAAAGCAGUGAAAGGAAUUGAAACUUGAUUUACCUUUUCCUCCAUUUAAUUCUUUCCCCUCCACAACAGUGUCUUGGGUAAGUCUGCUGCCCUAAACCCUUUCAGACUCCCUUUCUUCCUCCUCAUGCCCCCAAGGGGCAUGUUACCUGUUACCAACUUGUACAUUGGUUCUGUUUGUAAAACAACCUCUGAGCUGCUGUCCUAGUCCUCCUUGCAUUCUGACUCCAAUGUAUACUUCAUACUGUAAAAAAAAAAAAAAAAAAAAAAAGUUGGUUUUUGUAUAUUUUAUUGCUGUAUCUAUCUGCUUUUAACUUCUAGAAAUAAACAUUUUAAAGCAAUUA